AUAGAAGCAGAGAGUGUUUGAUUUGAUGGUGGCUUAUCACAAGUUCGUGCACUUUGCCUCAUCAAGGUGUUUGAUGUAACUUGAGUGUAUAGCUAUAGCGCUCAAGUGUUUACGUACAGUGCGUGACAAUGGUGCUUUCGAAACCUCUGUACGAUUUCCUAGGAUUCUACUUCUCUAAUCUGUUCAAUAAUCCUAUAAAAACAAAGGCAAUAAGCUGCUGCGUCAUAGCAUCGGCCGGUAACUUGGCCUCGCAAUACUUAGCUGGCAACAAGAUAUUGAAUCAGCGCAGUCUACUUGCUUACGCUUUAUUUGGAUUACUCUUUGGAGGAACUAUUCCCCAUUAUUUCUAUGGAUUCCUGGAACGUACCGUUAACCAAGAUGCAUCUUUCGCCAUCGUCAAGAAUCUGGUCAUCGAACGACUGAUCUAUUCACCACUUUACCAGGCUUUCAGCUUGUACAUGAUCGCAAGAUUGGAGGGUAAAUCGCACAAAGAAGCGUUGGUGCAGCUGCAGUCCCUCUACUGGACGGUAUUGGCUUCCAGUUGGAAAUACCUGACCCUCAUCCAAAUGCUCAACUUAAGUGUCGUCCCACCAAUGUUGAGAGUAUUAAUCGCUAAUUUGAUCGGCUUCUUCUGGACCAUUUACAUUGCCAACAAGAGGAGAGAGCAACAGAAGAAAUCGAAAAAGCAAUAAUUUAACAACAACAAAGAAAUAAUGCAGGAUUUUGGGUGGUGCUAACUUGGUGUUGCGGUGUUACUGUUUGAUUUUUCUUUUAUUAUUAUUAUUUUCAGCGAUUUAUAUCCAUAUACAAUUUUUAUUAUA